CAGAAUGUUUGUUAUUUUUAUUACAGUCUUUAUUCUUAUUUUUCAGAUGGAUCAAGUAGCGGGUGAUUCAUCAGAAAUUAAUAAACGUUUGGAAAAUAUUGAAAAACUAACGAAAACGAUGAUACACAACUUGCAGAAGGAAAUUUCCCGUCUGGAAAAUGAAAACUCGAAGAUACACAAUCAACGACAUGAACUAAAGAAAACCAUAUAUAGUCACCAGAUGAAAAUUGACGAUCUCAACGAUAGAGUUCUCGAAAUGAUGUCUACCAGUGAUGAAGAUAAGUUUGGAAUGGCUAGAAACGAGACCGCGAUAAGUGCUCCUCACACAGAAACAACUUUGAAUGAUUUGUUAAGUGGUCAUCAACGAAGAACGCUGGUUAGUUUGCAGCAACCAAGAGCGUCCCGGCCAGCGUUUUAUGCUUAUAUGUCUAGUAACGAAUAUAAUCCCGGACCACAUCAUACACUAAUAUUUAACCAGGUCAUCUCAAACAUUGGAAAUGGGUACAGCCAGUACACCGGUAUUUUUACUGCACCGUCUACGGGAGUAUAUGUUUUUUCCUAUACAAUAAUGCCUGAUAGUGGUGCCUAUAUCCCAGUUGAAAUAAUAAAGAACGCAGGAGUGAUGGAAUCCUCAUUCACCAGGUCAUACUCUGUUUACAGACAUAGUGUUUCAGUAACUAUUGUCAUCCAGUUGAACGCUGGUGAUGUCUGUUAUGUCAGAACCAGUACAGGAUCCGCACCGUCGGGGAACAUUUACAGCAGUACGUCUGCUAGGACAUCGUUUGCAGGUUGGCUUCUUGUGUAAUAAAGUAUGUCAGUCAAA